AAUAUAACACUUUAUUCCAUGUUUUUACUGUCUCAAAGACUUUCUGAAAUUUUCGAAGGAUUGCCAUUGUGAUGUUGAUUCCAAUGACGCUUUGAAAAAAAGUUGCAUCUGCGUUGUCCGUAAAACUCAUGACAGGAUAAUCCGCGGUGAAAAAAUCAUGUUUUAGUAAAUACCAUAAACUAAUUUGGUCGAAGUGAAAUAAGUGAAAAUUGGAUUUUGGCAAAAAAUCAAAAUUUUGUUAAAAUUUGCUCAACAUUGUUUUUUUAAAUAGUCGUGAUUGACAGAAAAAAACUGUAUGACUCCUUGUGCAUCUCCAGGAACUGUGAAAAAUUAUAUAAAGAUCUGACGAGUACAACCUUUGAAAACAGUUUCCAUAACAACGCGUUAAAAAUUUAGACUUUUGUCUAGAAAAUUUAGGAUAAUAUUUUCGAGAUCUAGUAAAAAUUAAUACAAUAAGUUAAUUAAUAAAUAAAAAAAUAAAUUUUUUGAAGCUAUGAGACCCAUGUAAAUCAGAUUACAUACGUACAUAACUAUUGUUGACGCUGUGGUUAGAGCUCCUUCCGCCUGCUAAGAAAGAGUCCGUGGUUCGAUGCCUGUCAUAAGAAGUUUACUGAGGAGAUAAGCCGAAGGCCGUUUUCUUCACUUGCAUGGACAGUCGUAUGAUACCAACGCGUUAUACAGAUACACACGUCGGUGAUAUGUUUGUAGUACGUAACGCAGGAAAUGUGAUACCGAACGCGCAACAUUUCCAGGAUGAAUACUUCAGUUGCGAGCCGGCCGCCUUGGAAUUAGGUUGUGUCAUCAAUGAUAUACGCCAUAUUAUUGUGUGCGGUCACAGCGAUUGCAAAGCUAUGAACCUGCUCUAUAAACUGGAAGAUGAGGAAUAUUCUUCUCAACGGAACCGGCGGUUGUCGCCACUACGAUCUUGGAUGUGGACACAUGCGAACAGCAGUCUCGAACACUUCAAAGCCUGGCGGAAUGCCGGUAUGCAGGGACCUCUGAUAUUCUCUUCCGAAACCCCCUUACGUCGUUUUGUGGCUUAUAUUGAUCCAGAAAAUAAGUUUGCCUUAGAAGAUAAAUUAUCACAAAUCAACACUUUACAACAGUUAUCGAAUGUGGCCUCGUAUGGCUUCUUGAAACCGCGUCUGGAGUCACAUGAUCUUCACAUACACGCACUGUGGUUUGAUAUUUACACCGGUGACAUCUAUUAUUUCAGUCGUGGUGCAAAGCGCUUUGUUCCAAUUGAUGAAACUUCAGUUGAACGAUUGACCGCGGAGGUACGCCGAUAUUACUCAUGACGACCUAAAUGCGAUAUUCAUGAAUGUAUAUGUAUGCUUGGAGUUUGGCGGCUUACGUAACUCAAAUAAAAGAUGUUAACUGUGAUAGGAAUUUGAAUAAGUUGCAUUUACACACAUAAGUGCAGCAAAAAACGGAAACUAGCCAAAACUUGAGAAUAGAAUAUUUAACUUUUAUAUUCUAUUUGUAAAUACGUGUGUAUAACUAUGAUUUUAAGUGUAAGAGCUUUCAAUAAAAGCACGAUCGAAGAUUAUAGCGAAUCAAACAAAAUUCUACUAAGCCAAAAAUAGUUAAGUGUUUCUAUGAACAUAAAUGCAUAUAAAUGUAUAGGUCGGGAAAUAUUCUUUCUCUAGAGAAACACUUCAGUACUUGUAAAAAUGAUUUAUUAACCGGCUAAAUUUAUGUAAUUAUAUAUAAUAUGUUUAACAUAUAGCCAUAGGAUUAUCUAUCAUUAUUGAAGCUAUAAAAAUAUGUGGCUUGUAUAGUAAGAGAACAUGUCUGUACUGCUAACAUUAAAUUUAUAAGAUUAUAUAAUAAAACGUGCGAAAA